AUGGACCCUGCUGUGGCUUGGUAUCAGGAGGAACAGGACGGUCCGUCGAAGCUAGUCUGGAUGCGCAUUUGGGAGACAAACUCCGAACUGUACGGCUCGCUGCACGCUAAUUACGGUCCCGGUAGCAAUAAUGGACAGGAAACGUUAAAGGGUCCGGUAUCACGCGGUGGUGGUGGUACGCUGGUCGCUCUCGGUGAUCAAAAGCAACACGAGCUGUCGUUUAACAACUCAAACGGGAACAACAACAACAACGGUGUCGGCAAUCAUCCGCAGCAAACGUCACCCGCAAUCGAAUCGACGGGGAAGAAUACAACCAACAACGGUUCCACCAACACCAGCGAUAAACCAACCUGCUUCAGUGGGACCGGUAACGCUGGUAACGCUGCUACACUGGUCAACAGUAGUAUACUAAACGGAACCAAUAACAACGUCAUCACCCCGGCCGGCGGCAAUGCGACAAACGGGGGAAACAAUAAUACGAACAGCAAUUGCAACAACAACAACAACAGCAGCACGACGACCGGCGGCACAGGUGGAGAGUUGACAACGGGGGGAGGCGGCGGUAACGGCUGCACCAACAACAUAGUCGGCAAGGGUGGAUGCGGAACCGGAACCGGUCUAGUCAGUAGCGAGAAGAACUACAAUCCGGUGCGCAAGAAACUGGGCAGCAUGAUGACGGACAAUAAGGCCAGCACAUUCAACAUGAACAAGCAGCAUCCACGGCUGAUCGGUGUGUACGGUGGAUGUCCCUGGCGGCCGCCAAACUUUAAGUACGGCCGAGGAAUCAUUGGAUUGCACCAGGAGAUAGAACAGUUUUAUGCGCACAUGAUCGCAACACCGACCGAGCACGCCCUCCGAGUGAAGGUGGUAAGCCGGAUAGAACAGAUCGUGCUGAAUCUCUGGCCCUCGGCAAGGGUUGAAAUGUUUGGUUCAUUCCGAACGGGACUCUAUCUACCAACUAGCGAUAUUGAUCUGGUUGUAAUCGGACAAUGGGUUAAUUUGCCAUUACGAACGCUCGAGAUGGAACUGAUUAAUCAAGGCAUCGCCGAACCUAACUCCGUCCGAGUGCUCGAUAAAGCGUCCGUGCCGAUAGUGAAGCUAACCGAUCGACAGACACAAGUCAAGGUGGACAUUUCCUUCAACAUGGAAUCAGGCGUACAGUCGGCAAAGCUGAUCAAGGGCUUCAAGCGCGAAUAUCCGGUGCUGGAGAAGCUGGUGCUAGUGUUGAAACAGUUCCUGCUGCAGCGUGAUCUUAACGAGGUGUUUACCGGUGGCAUUUCUUCCUACUCGCUGAUCCUGAUGUGCAUUAGCUUUCUGCAGCAGCAUCACCAAAAGCCAAACGCAUGCUCAAACUUGGGCGUACUGUUGAUCGAGUUCUUUGAGCUUUACGGUCGCAAGUUUAACUACAUGAAGAUUGGGAUAAGUGUAAAAUCCGGACGGUACAUACCAAAAGAGGAGCUGCAGCGAGAGAUGAUCGAUGGGCAUCGACCGAGCUUGCUGUGUAUAGAGGACCCACUAACGCCAGGCAAUGAUAUUGGUCGUUCUUCCUAUGGAGCACUACACGUGAAGCAAGCGUUUGAGUACGCGUACAUCGUGCUCGUACAAGCCGUGCUACCGUUGGACAAGAAUCUAAACGAUUGCAAUCGACAAAGCAUACUGGGCCGAAUAAUACGCGUUACGGACGAAGUGAUCGAGUAUCGCAAGUGGAUAAAGGACACGUUCGAAGAGAAACUGACCCGGCAACCUAGCUUACAGCCGCUUACAACGACGACAGUUCUGCUAGGCGACCAUUACCUACAGCAGCAAGCAGCGGCAGCACCACGUCACAUACCUCAGCAACCGGCCAUCAUUCAUCACAUCCAGCAGCAGUAUCCCCGGCACGUCAUCCGAAGGCGACCGAGCUCGUCGAGUGUGGAGCUGUCCGAGGAGAGUAUGGACAGCGAUGGAGGUGGCGCUAGCGGGGACUUUCACUGCAACAGCACGUCGACGACCGCCCGUGAUAUUUCGCCGUCAUCGUCCGCAGCUGGCCUAACGACCCGUUCGCCACCGAUCGAGCUGCACGAGUUGAAUGGUGGUGGUCCGCCGGCCGGCACGAUCAUGAUGCUCUCGACGACGACGGCCCAUCCGCACGACCUGCUAAUAGAGGAGAACAAUAUGCUAAACAUGACGCACCAUCAGCACCAACAGCAGCAGCAACAACUGCCGACGGACCCAAACAACAGCAGCAGCAGUAUCGUCGUCGAUGCACAGGUGAUCAACUACAACAACAUGAACAAUCGUCGCAUCGUACGCGAAUCAUCGAAUCAGCACCAGCAGCAGCAAAUUGUUAGCGGCAACAAGACAACAACGCUGUACAGUCGCAACAGUGUGGAGCGGAUCCCAUCGACAGGAAACAGUAUGGUCAAUGGUGGCAAUGGCAAUAGUAAUGCCGCUUAUAGCAUGCAGCCUCAUCAUCAGCAGCAGCAACAGCAGCAGAACAACAAUGGAUUGAUACGUCACAACAGCAAAAGCCGACGGUCAGCCUCGAGCAUGCUCAAAAUGGCCACCAACACGACCAACCCGGCCUCGUACCCUUCCUCCGAUGUAAGCAAUAAUAGUCAUAGUAGUAGUAAUAGCCACCUAGUCGCCGGUAUGGUUGUAAAUGAUGAAAACAAUCUGCACUACCACCAUCACCAACACCACCGUUCGGCCAGUCCGAAAGUGGCCACAGCGGCAACCGUCGUUGUCGGUGGAAUGCCCCUACUACCGUCGAAUGCGCUCGCCGGCAGCAAUAUGGUAAUAAUGGCUCCGGGUAGUGGAGGUGCCAAUAGUAGUUCGGUUGUGCCCAGUGCAGCAGGCAUUAGCGUUAAUUCCUCUAGCAAUAGCAGCAACAGCAGCAGCAGCAGCAGUAGUAGUAGUGGCAGUAACAAAAAAACCUCCCACAGUGGUACAAAUUCCUCCAAGCGCAAAAAGACUGUAUCGCCCGGGGAGAAGAAGAGUGGCAGUGGUGCUGGUCCGAUGGCGGUGACGACGGGACCAAUUAGCUUUGGGAUGGCGAUGACGGCUGCCGGUACACCAGGAGCGACUGGCAGCGGUGGUAGCACGGUAACGUCGGCCACCAUGGAUAGCCGAUGAUAGCCAUCCGUGGUAGGGGCGGCUUACCUGCAAAGGUUCCGCUACUAUCACUAUUAAACAAUUUGCAACAACCACACACACA